AUGGAGGUCACAGCUCUCUGCAUCACACUGAUGAUGAACGUUCUGAUGCUGCCGGUUGCAAGAGUUCACCUUACUAAUGCUCAGGAAAGUUAUGCUCUGAUUGUUCCAAGCAAACUGCAGCUCUUUGAAUACAGCUCCAUCUCUAUUAACUGUGAGGGUUUGAACACCAAAGCGGGAUGGACUGUUAUGAGGAAGACGAAGAAGAUAGGAAGAGAGGAGUGCGUGAGUAGCUGGGUGACGACACCAGCCUCCGUCUGCGCCAUCAAACACGUUUAUUUAACCGACAGUGGAGAAUACUGGUGUGAGACCCGAGAGGAGAGAAGCAACGCCAUCAACAUCACAAUCACUGCUGGGGAUGUGAUCCUGGAGAGUCCUGUGGUCCCGGUGAUGGAGGGAGACACUGUGACUCUGAUCUGCAGAAGCAAAACGACCUCUUCUGCCCUCAGAGCUGAUUUCUACAGAGAUGAUUUCCCCAUCGGCACCGGCUCCACAGGAGAGAUGACCAUGCUCGCUGUUUCUAAAGCUAACCAAGGACUUUACAGAUGCAGCAUCUCUGAGUUUGGAGAAUCAGUGCAGAGCUGGCUGGCUGUCAGAGAAGCUCACAGAGAGACUCGUCCCUCCUCAGACCACUCCUGCCAUGUGUACCUCGUCUUAAGGACUGUGUUCACCAUAGUGAUGGUGGCUCUGCUGCUGCUGCUGCUGGGACUCCUUCACUGUGGGAAACUCAGAGUCACACAGAAAUAA